UAGUGAGUGCUUAUUCAUAUUGAUUGACAGUUCUUACUCAUUCCCGUGUAAUUCUUGACUUAAUCUUAUCAAAUUAGAUUCUCUAGAAGAGAAUAUAUUAAAUUAUUGGGAGUAAUGAAAUAAGAAAAUGAAGAGGUAAACGUUAAAAAGAAUAAGUCAUUCGGAAGGAAAUGUUUAUUUAUUACCAGCCAUAACUGAACUCAUUUAUAAAAAAUGCAAUUAUCCACUUGUUUUUUUUUUCUGUGUCAGUUAGACCGAUAACAAGGCUCACGAGAUAAUUUCGGGCGGUCUGUACGACAAUUCUUAUCCCCUUCCUUCGUUGUAAUCUUGGGUGUUGAUGAAGUAAAUUAGAUAAGCUCUCCAACGUCCUUGUUGCCCCAGGCACUUAAAGUCAUGCCUGAUUGUAAACAUUUUCUACUUCAGCUGAAGUUCAAGGUAUAAUUGACACUGCCUUUACAAUAAAAUGUAUUUUACGUAAGAGUGAAGGAUAAAUACAUUAUUCUCUUCUCUCUGGUAUUUUGUGAUUAUUUUCAUUUGGAAAAUCAACGACUGCGGUUGAAUUAUUCUGUGAGACCGACGUAAUCGUCCACACCUUUUUCUAUUAUAAUUCAAAGAAAAGAGUUAUGCAAUAGGGCAUUACAUUGAACCGUUCAAUCCACCAUUUUUCAUCUUCAAUGGAGAUGAUGACAGUAACAGCGACAGGAAGACUUGAAACUUUCUACGGACUCUUGCCCCCGAAGAAAUUGCAUCUUCCCCUUUCGUAAUCCCAGGGAUUUGCGAUGAUUGGAAUGGAAAAAUAAUUUUCAAACUGAAAACCGGUCUAAAAUGAAGAACGAGAGAAUUUUCAAUGGGUACCGGCCGAGACUCUCCAAACGAUUCCAUCUUCUGCAAGAAGUUGUGAAGAAGUCUAUUGUCAUGUUUGUUGAGAGCAUCGGAAUGGUACGAUAAACUCAUUGACUCGGAGGAUUUUUUAUUAUCUCGAAGAGUGGAUUAAAAAAUGGAGGAAAAGAAAAGAAAAGAAAACAUAAUAAAUGGUCUUCAUCCUGCUGAUGUGUGGAAUGCCCAUGGUGGAAUGGGCCAGCCGAUUCCUGAAAGGGCAGAAUGUCUAAUCAUCGGGAUACAAUGAAUUAAUUAGCUCGAGGUAAUGAGUAUUGUUUGAUGAUGAUAAUUUGGACAACUGGAGGAUUUCUUCGAUGAAGGCCGUCCAAGUGAUCAGGGGAGUAAGUAUAUAUACAAGUUAAAUGCAUGGGUGGAUGGACUCGAGUAGCACAGAGGGGGAAGAAGGUAUAGAGGGACAAAAUGGAAGAGGGGCCCUGUAAAAGAUGCGAAGUUGCAUUGCACACUAUGCCAAUAGGCAACAGUGGAGUGCGGUACGUAGUGGUACAUUAGUUGAGAAAGAGAAUACUCGAUUUAUCUUGGGCAAAUCGAUGAUCAAACGUCAUCUCUACGAUCAGCAUUAGAAGAACACAAAGAAUCAGCGAUUGAAAUUGGUGGUGGUGGUGAUGUUGGCGGUGGCAGAGGUGGUGGUGACGGUGGUGAAUGAGUGAAGGAACCUCUUGCUGUUUUAUAAUCGAGUGGUCAUUCAAUAGUCAACAGCUGAGCCACCUGGACAACCGAGGAUUAUCGACAAAUAGACCAAAAUGACGAACAACGUGGUCCUCCAGGGGACAAUACCAUCGUCAUCCCCAGUGGAAUCAUCGGAUGAUCGUAAAAAAUCAUUGUCAUCGCCCAGUGAAAAUUUAAUGAGCCAAAAAUCGAUGAGCUUUCGGGAGAAGUUGCAUUUUUUAUCUAGUAAUAUAACUGUUGAACCUAUGGUGGCCUGCUACAUAAUGCCAAGUGUAUUAGCAUCACUUGCAACACAGAAUUUGAAUCUAGAAAAAGCGUGUAGAGUUAAUCUUGGGUAUUCUGACAGAGUGUGUAGUGCAUUAGCCGCUAGAAAUACAACGGGUUACGAGGAAGAGGAAACUGCUGUUCAACAGCUUGUUGCUGGAAUGCAGACAUGGAAGUUAGCACUUCAGAGUGGAUUACCAACUCUGCUGAUACUUUUUCUGGGUGCAUGGAGUGAUCGUACUGGUUUGAGGAAGCCCUGUAUGCUGUUACCAAUAGUUGGUGAAUUUCUGACAAGUGUCAGUCUGAUAAUCUGCACGUAUUGGUUCUACGAAUUGCCCAUGGAAGCUGCUGGUGUAUCAGAAGCAUUUUGGCCAGCGAUAACCGGUGGUUGGUUCACCAUGUUCAUGGCUAUAUUCAGCUACAUCGGGGAUAUAACAACCGUUGAGUCCAGGACACUGAGAAUUGGUGCUGUCAAUGUAUUUCUAUCACUGAGUGUACCCAUUGGCAUGGCGUUGUCUGGCAUUUUGUACAUUAAAAUUGGAUUUUACGGUGUUUUUGCUAUAUCAACGGUCUGUUAUGUUGCUAGCUUUGUUUAUGGAUUAGUUGUAAUCAAGGAAGCACCCAGACCUGAUAAUUAUGUGCCGGUCAAAAGAACUAACAUGUCCGUGUGCGCAACUAUUGUGGAUUUUUUCUCGUUCAGGCACAUCGAGGAGACGUUCAGGGUUGCUUUCAAGAAAGGGGCGAAUAAUCGCCAGAAGAGAGUCGCUGUGCUCAUGAUUAUUGUUAUGGUUGUUGUUGGACCUAUGUAUGGUGAGUAAUCAUGAACCUUUCACUUUUAUCAUCAUCAUCCCCAUAAAAAUAACAAGUACGAGAAAGUUAAUGACAUGUCACAUUGACACACGCGACACAGAUACGAAUAUGACGUUUCUAUCUAGUUUCCAAUCGUAACGUUCUGCACAUUGCAUAAACACCCGCGGAGAAUUACCAUUAGUCAUACAUAAUCGGCAAGAUGGAAAAAGUGGAUAAAUGUGAGAAACCGAGGGAAUUUUUUAUUGUACUAAUUGAAAAAUGACAAAUUUGUGGAAAUCAACGAAUUGAAGGUAAUGAUCCCCUGGAAUAACACCGGGUACACGAGUACCUGACCAACACGUGACAAUUUUGAAUUCCACGUUCUUCACAAGAUCGUUCUUCGUUGAAUUUUUGACCUUCCGAAACAAUGAAGCCUCGUACACCCACUCGCUACCGGAAAUCAUUAAAACUCAAUUAGAUCAAGACAUUUUUUUCAUGAAAAUCUUAACCUGUCGGAAUUAUGUAAUUCCAUUGCGCCAAAUGAUUGAUGAUUUUUCGUGUACUUGCAUUAACGAUUUUUUAACACUUUCUUGAGGUUUAUUUUAUUCGUGUAAAUGUCAGUCCUGUCCUCGGUAUUCUGAAUGCUCUUAACGACUUGGCCCAAUGCCGGAGUGUCUCAUUGAUAGUCUCCAAGGACUGCUCUCCGGUUGUUCACGAAUUAUUCGAUUUUCACUGAGUUGCAAUGAAGUCUAAGUACACAGAACGGUUAAUACUUGAAACCUGA